UGGCUGUUCUGAUCAAAUGUUUAGCUUAUGCCUUUUUUGUCUUCAUGAUGGUUACGUAGCUUUUAAUUAAAGACAUCAAUACAUUUCAUUCAAAUGAACAAUUUUAUGUAAUUGUGAGGGUUCUUGAAAAGCCCCCAUGGUAUGAUUUUUUUCUAAAUGAGUGAAUUUCAUUUUAGACUACAGCAUGUCACACUUCUCUUCAUGAAUUCUCACAGGAAACAUACAGGUGAUGGACACACUGGGCUGCGAUUGGCUCGUCAUCACAUACAGGGUGGUCAUACUAGUUUCUGGGCAAUGAGUAGGGAAUGGUGAUUUGAGGGGGACAGUAUGGGGUCGUAGCUCUAUGGCUGGAUUAACCUGCUUGGGGAGUGGGGGCAAAAAUGAGCUGCGACACCCCGUACCUCCCCAUGCAAUGUCUACACUUUCCCCAUGCUGGAACACAAAGUAAUUUAGGAAUAUGCAACGUGGAAGCACACAACUCAAAUAAUCUUGAAACUACAUUUUGACAUAUUCCAAAAACACAUUUUCAUGGAGCUUCCGGGGCCCCGGUGCAGUCGCCUGCUUUGUCUGGUUUGUAAGCCAGCCUUGGCUGUACCCCGGGGUAUGUUAACAACACCUGAAUAGAUGCACGUUAGGCCACAGACCUCCCCUUUAUUACACUGAGCCACAAAGCAAAAGGAAUUUUUUGUAGGUCUGUCAUUCAAAGAGUAAAAUUCUUAAGGAGAUUGAUAAUUAUCUUCCCUUCAAUUAAAUUCACCAUAAGGGGUCCUUGACCUGUUUCAAGGCCCUGGUAGCCAAAAAAAUACACACUGGACUCCCGUUUGAAGAGGUUUUGCCCCAAGGACUUUUUUCUUUACUCAUUCAGCAGCACAUCAACAACAACUAUGUUUUCAGUGCUGCAGUACUUACUGAGAUGAGUGUCGAGUGUAAGACCUAUUAUUAGAAUAGUCUCCCUGAUCCGUUCUUUGAUUGGGAUUGUUUCAAGUGAAUGCAAUUAUUGUGAAAUUUCACAGUUCCUCAUUUAGUUUGUAACCUCCGGGCCCCUGGGUGCCCCCACUGGUCACCUACUUUAAGUGAUCCCAAUUAGUAUGAGAGCGAAUAUUUCAACUGUUCACAGUCUCACCUCCAUGUAUACUGAGCAGGCUUACACUGAAGACUCUAUCAACAGCUAUGAUCCUCACAUGCAGGGGUGUCACAUGAAAUGAUUUAGGCCUGUUAUUUGUCAUGUUGCUCCUGUAAACCCCCCUAAAGGGUCAUUUUCAAACCUGGGCCCUAUUAUUACAGAUUUUGGGGUGUAAAUGACUAAUAGGUACAGGUUCCCUACUGAGACAGACCUUUUUGUUAAAGACUAAGACGACUCACGUUUCCACCGUGAGACUUCUGGUUCUGGUUUAACAAACAGGUCUGUCUCUGCACGGAUCGUUUCCAUAAUGCUGUCAGACGCUUACAAUAGCAGUCUGAGUCUGUCAGUGGCAAAAACGAGCCCUCUGAGUGGACGCACUUCCGCGGGGCGCAGUUGCCCCCAUGGAGCCCGCUGCAGCCCCCGGCGCCUGUUUCGCGCUGCAGGUGCUCUGUCGAUACUUUGAGCUCUGCUGCCUGCACAUGGCUGAGGGGAUCUACCGGACCAGGUCCAAAACUUUUUGUACCUAUUAGUCAUUUAGACCCCACAAUAUGUAAAAAUAGGACACAGGUUUAAAAUGGCUUUAAGGGCCCAACCCCUAUGAAUAUGAGAAAACUGCAGGCUGCAGUCCAUAUGGUCCUCAGUGUACAGGCAAGUGAUGCUACCUGGCGAUUAAAACAGAGAGGGGGGGGGGACUUCAGGAGCUGUAGCCUACUUAACGGGGAAAAAGAUACUGAAGCGAAUUCAGCCUUUUGCUUUGAGCGCACACAGCUCUACACAGUCUCAGCCACACGGCCAAAAGAAAGGAGAACACCGAGGCAGAGAAAAAACCAUACAAGGAGACUUGGCUGAUGCGUCUCUGCGAGAGCAUCCAUUUCACGGCGAUUACAGUCUGAAGCGGAGGAGACGGUGCGCAGUCCUCUCACCAACGCGGGGCUUUUCUCUCCUCCGAAGUCAGUUUCCUAGAGCGGCUGGCGUGCGGAGAGACACUUUUUCCUGCGCGUCUCGACACGGACAGUAUUUCAUAACAAGCCUGUUUACUUGGAGCGAAAGCAGGUCGUCCGCAGUUCCAGUCCGUAAGGCGAUACUGCAUCCGGUUUGUGGAGUGGAAUUUGCGAUCCGCAGCUCAAGACGCAAACGGAAUAUCCGCCCGUUCAAGUUUUCCUGGAAGUUGCGCAGUGACAGAAACAAACAUGGGGAUUUGUGGCGUUUUGGCGGUGCCUGGGAAAUGCCUUGUCGUCCUCGGACUUAAAUUGUUAUUCCUUGUACCUGCAGGAGUUCCAGCCAGAAGCGGGGAUUCUGUAUUAAAGGACAACAUCACCGUCAGACAGGGAGACAGCGCAGUCUUGAAAUGCAACGUGGACAGCAAAGUAUCACGAGUGGCGUGGCUCAAUCGCACUACCAUUCUAUUCGCAGGAAGUGAGAAGUGGUCUCUGGACCCUCGCGUCAUCCUGAUGGAAAACACAGCAGUCACAGAGUACAGCAUCAAGAUCCAAAAUGUUGACGUCCAUGAUGAAGGGCCCUAUGUCUGCUCAAUCCUCACAAACAAGAAACCAAAAUCCACAAAAGUGCAUCUCAUUGUUCAAGUACCCGCCAGGAUCACUAACAUAUCGAAGGACAUCACAGUGAACGAGGGCAGCAACGUCAAUCUCAUGUGCCUGGCGGUCGGUCGACCUGAGGCAAACAUCAUAUGGAAGCAUCACUCACCAAGAGGCACUCAUAAAUUUGUGAUGGAGGGGGAACAUCUGGAGCUGACAGGCAUCACCAAAGAGCAGUCAGGAUCGUAUGAAUGCAUUGCUUCUAAUGACAUCUCAAGCCCUGAUGUCAGGACAGUGCAAGUCACCGUCAACUAUCCUCCCUUCAUUUCUAAAGCGAGGAGUACGGGUACUUCAGUUGGACAAAAAGGAGUCCUGCAAUGCGAAGCCUCUGCUGUCCCGAGGGCAGAUUUUGAGUGGUACAAAGAAGACCGCAGGCUCUUCAAUGGACUAAAUGGGGUUAAGAUAGAGAAUCAAGGUAAACAGUCAAUGCUCGUCUUUUUCAACGUCUCGGAAGAAGAUUAUGGAAACUACACUUGUGUUGCUAUGAACACCAUGGGAAUCACUAAUGCAAGCAUAAUUCUUUAUGGUAAGAAUAUAAAUGGUCCUGGUGCGAUGCAUGAUGUGAAUGGGGCCGCCGUGUUGCCCCGUUGCUCCGUAUGCCUCCUGCUGACUGUAACCUUACUCUACCUGCUGAAGUUCUGAUAUGAAAUGUGACAACCUCCAAGCUUCUCUCAGCAUUGAACAACAAGAACAGACUAUUAGUCCUGCAAGAAGAAUGGAAAUCCAAGAGCGCCAGUGGUUCACCCUUAGUUUUCUUUCUGUUUCUUUCUGGCUUUGCAUUGGAGUCUGUUCUCUGUUGGCUCGCCAAGAGUGAGAGGUGUCAAUCCGAGGAAGGGAAAAAUUUGAAUCAUGCACUAAUUUGAUGACGGUAGAACUACAGAGUUUGUGUCUCCCCAAACCUUUUUGUAUGUGAAAAGGGAAAAAGAAAAAAAUACAUGUAACUGUUGAUAGUUGACUGUUUAUUGCCCAAUAUUGAAGUGUACAUUCAGAUUAUUAUUAUUGUGUCAUGUCCUGUUCAAUAUCUGUACAAUACCAUUAAGCUUUUUUAAGUAAAUGACAAAAAAGGAAAAAAUGCAAUGUGAUUGUUGAAUUUUACUGUAUUUUUACAGUUGUAUGCAAAACAGAGUAACAGAUCCUUCAUGAUAAACAGUUCAGAAUAAUAAAUAGUACACCAUGAUUUCUCAGGCAAAGUCCUACAGCAUAGUGCAUCCACAUUUUAUUUCCAUUGUAGUGUGUGUAGAAAAUGCACAAAUGUGUACAGACAGUUCCUGCACUGUUUUUCAAAAUGCAUACACUUAUCAAAUGGCAUUUUUGAAACACCUAAUCACAGUGUCAUAGCAGCUUCAUGGCUUAUUCAUACUGAGUACUGACACUGAAGUGUCAUUUAGGACAGAAGUGUUGGUCAGUGUGCAGCUUUGUUCUCUACAGUGACAAAUUUAACUAAAUGCUCAGAAUUGAAACUUUACUGCUAACCCACAGGUAGUGCUGAUGGCAUCAUUCAAGUGUCAGGUUUGCGGGUGGUCUAAUUAGCAACAUGGCACUGAACUGACUUCUCACUAAGUGCUGCAGUUAAUUGGGGAAACCAAAUUUAAUUUGUAAAACAAUAUUUUCCACAAACUCCUGAUGAUGUUUUUGGCUUUUAGAGUCUUGCUUUAAAGUUGCAACUAGUAUGAUUUACUUUGAUGUUACUCUGAAGUCGUCCCACAAAUUUGCCAAAAUACAAAGAUAUUUAAUAAAAGCCUUUACGUAGGCAGCCACAGUGAUCCUCAAGUUCCCUUGGCUGACCAGUAGACUUUGAUGCAAUUGAAGCUUUAAGUCACUAAGAAUUCACCACCAAUAAGUAAGAGCAGAUAUAGGUACUGAAAGGACCAUGCCAGUGUUUUUGCAAGUUUUAUCUUAUUUACUAAAAGCAUACCAGAGUUUUAGAUUUUUAAAUGUGUGUUUCUGAUUGUCCAGGCAGUAUCUUUUUUCCCAUUCAUAUCUGUAUGAAAUUAAAAGUCAAUAUAGGGGAAUUUGCUUUAUUCAUUACAGUAAACUCUGCAUCCUAUUGUUCUUAAGGUUAAGUUAUAAGUGUGUGGUAAUGCAAAUCAAAAGUAUGCACUACACUACCACUCUACAAUAACACAACUUAGAAAACAAUAAAAACAGACAUUGUGUUCAUUGGGAUGGAUUACUUUCAUUGUCUUUUAAGCAGUCUGUAAGUUGAUUUUAGUAUAGUAAUGGAUACUUAAGAUGAACAAAAACAGUGGUCCAUUCCUUUAAUUAGGUUCUUCACAUAUUUUAAUAUAUAAAUUAACAUUACAAUCAAGUGUUUUAAUGUGAAGUGGUAGAGAAGCUGGAUAAACGUCCUUUAUUUAAAAUGUCUUCAAUUUGAAUACACCUGGGGAGGCCGAGAGUCUUUUUGAUAUUUUCAACUACAAAGCUGGCACACAGCUCCAGUCCACAUCUAAGCCACAAAUGACACAGGCAAGAAUAUUUCAUUAAUGACUGGAUGGUAAAGUUAACUUGAAUGAAUGUUCCAUGUAGCUGCUGUGAAACGUUUUGUUGGGUGUUAUGAAUGUAUGCUUUUAAUCUGGUUUGCCCCAAGAUAAACAGCAUACGCUGCUCUUAAGACUGCAGAAGUGAUUGUUGUGUUCUGUGGUCGGUGGAUGCAUUUUCAAAGGAUUGUUUUAGUUUGCCUUGGACAGAAAUUUCCAGUGAUGAGAAUAUAGUUAAAGCACAAGUGAUUGAUAAUGUGAUGUUCUGCUAUUGUCCAGUUCACUCAUGUGCAUACCUAUGAGUAAGAAGUGUGUUGAAGACAAAACAACAGGGAUGAGAUUGAUGUAUUGAUGGGAAUGCUUUUGUUGUGCUCACAUGUUAAGUUAUGUGCUUGUAAUGAUGGUGAACAAGUCAGCUGAAGACUAUGUCACAGGAUGUGAUUAAACUUUUUAGGGGUUUGCAAAAAAAGAGACAGGUGCGAUUCAGAUGCCCCAAAAGCUAAAGUUAAGGGUUAUUGUAACCCUUUCCAUCCCAGAUGAACAUGAUAACUAUUGAUGUCAGUAAGUUUGAACCAAUUUGUUUAAAAUCCCCAUAAAAAAGAACUGAUACUGGAAUUUACUUAAGGUGUAUUUUUGCAUAUGGCACCAUGAACAACAGUGUAAGUUGUAAUAUAUUUUUUUUUGUUUGUUUGUUUUGUGUCAGGUUUUUUUUAUGGUUUAAGGAUUUUAGAUUUAUGCAUACCACAUUAUCUAUAAUCCUCCUUAAUGCAUAAUUCUCUGGGCAUUUUAAAGUUUGCAGUAUUCACAGUUCACUUGUCAAUUUAGAUUUUUUUAUUUAUUUAUUUUUUUUCAAACACUUGAUUUUACAAUGUAUGAUCCCCAUUGAUGGCUGCAUUGUUUUCUGACCUUACUGGAGGUUCAGCAUAUGGUAGUCACUAUUGUGGUAUAUAGUCAUCAUAUCAUUUAAGUGAGAGAUUGCAAAAAUGUCCAUAAACUGGUUAAAUGUGAA